UAAUAGUACAUAUUAUGCCAUCUCGUGCGUGUGCACGUGUUGAUGACUAGUUUUAAUAAUUAUUUUCUAUAUAUGCCUACUAUGUUUCCAUGUGUCACGCAGGAUUUUGGCAGCCUAUCUCAAACGGCUUGUGAUUUGGUACUACAAGACCCAGACAAGAAUGAUGGAGCGUGAAUUCUACCCUGGGUUGGCUCAUUCCCUCAGAAAGCUUGGCGCCUCCUCUGAUGGGUACGUUAGGUGCGUUAGGUUCAUCUUGCUGUCGACGGAGAAAUUGGUCGUGGUGGGUGAUGGGCACGGGUACAUCCACGUGUAUGAAUGUAUGGCAAUGAAGACAGUCAAGGAAUUCAAAGCUCACGGCUGUGUGAUCACAUCCUUAGCCGUUCACCCGUCUCAACCAUUUGUGUUGUCGGCAUCUAGCGACAAACGGAUCAAGCUUUGGAACUGGGACAAGGGGUGGGAGUGCAUCCGGACAUUCUGUGGACACUCAGAAUUGGUGAACCAAGUCAAGUUUAAUCCGCAUGACAACAACACUUUUGCCAGUGCUUCACUUGACGGCACAGUGAAGAUCUGGAGAAUUUCUUCUCCCACUCAUUUCACCAGGCUCAACUGCGAAGAGGGUCAGGUCUGCGUUGAUUACUAUCCCACGGGUGGCGAUCAGCAGCACUACAUGGCUACAGGAUCAGUCUAUGGGACGGCACGCAUCUGGGAUUUGCGAACACAGAAAUGUAUCCAUGAAAUCGUGUCUGCGGAUAUAGUUGGUGUGAUCGAUUGCCAACCAAAUCGUCCAGCAGUGUUGGUUACCGCGUCAGAGAACAAUGGUGUUUCUCUCCACGACUCCACAAUCUACAGGUCUGAGGGAACGGUUCAUUUCGGUCUUGGCCCUGUUUUAUGUUUUGCAUACAUCAAGGUCAUAAGAAGCCUCGCCAUUGCACAUACCCUCGGCAUUGCAAUCGUGGGAAUCGAUGAAUUUUCCAAGGACGCCCUGCCUCCUGCAAGGUAAUUGAGGAAUGGAGCAAAAUAAAGCUUGAACGACGGAGCAUGAAUCGCGUGUUUGAGUUAUGCCAAUGCAAAGUUGGUGCAGAGAUUGUUCUUAGCGGGGUUAUUCAGUUACGUGAUUACCAUUGUUUAUUUGUAUUGUAUAAGUACAUAAUUUUGCUUUGUACAUUGGAGUAUCUUCCGAUACGUGAAGCAUGGGUUCGC